AUGCCGGCAAUCCACUCGUCCGAAUUUUGCACCACUUCGCAGCAAGAAGAUCGUAUGUGGAACAACACUGUUAAUGACGCUAUAGAGCUGGGAGACCAAGUUGCAUCGGACGAAGCGGACAAUCCUCUUCCCGUAUUAGAACGAUCCGCGGAGUUCGUCAACCUACGAGACGAAGGCUUUUCUCCUAAAGAGGCUAUCGAAGCCUUCCUCGGAAUACGCCUCGACAAGCCUCGAGUCAAGAAGCUCCACGACGAAUUCUCCCGCGAACUACGAACGAGGUUCUGUCUGAACGCUAUCUUCGUCUGCCUGGUCACGGGUAUCCUAGCUCCUCUAAUUCCUUGGUUGCUAUCCCAAUUCGGAAACAAAUAUCCAUUGGUAGUCUCGAAAUGGACGCCAGGAUGCGGCAUCAGCCUUCUCGGGAUAUCGGCUAAUGCCAUCUAUAGGGGGGAGGUGGCUCGUCAAGCGGAAAGGCUGUACCAUGAAUGUCGAUCUUUUGGAGGAUGUAGCAACGACAUCUUCGAAAGAACCUUUCCCGAUGCAGCAGUUAGUAACGCCGACUGCCCGUUCACUGGAGAAGUAUGUAUCGAUGGCCAGCUUGGUGUACGCGUGGAACGCCACCUUCUUCCACAAGAUAUAGGGUACAAUUCUGCAUCAGAACUAUCUUUCCACCGUGCACUCUCUUGCCUACCUCUCAACACCGAUCCCUUCAUCAGGCCUCCCAAAGAUGGGGAAGGCGAAUCCUGCUCAGGCCGGCUUUUCUUCCAGGACGACCGCAUCGCCAACAUCAACAUUAUUAUGGAUUACACGGCUCAAUUAUGUGCAUCUAACGGACCAAACAAAUUCUCUUCAAACUUCUCAGGGUGGGACGGCGUGUACAACGACAAGAGGCAUGCGAGGAGCAUAGACGAAUUCGUCCCAGACCGCGAGGUCACUGCCCCAGGCUGCGUAGAGCAGUUCCGCCUCUACUAUCCGGGGAACAAGUGCUCAUCCUGGAUGGGAAACGCCAUUGAUGAUUUGUAUGUCGAAGAAAAGAACGGACGUUACAACGGCGUCAUUCCUUCGGACUUGUUCACUCUCUAUCAUACGCUCUUCAUUAGCGCCUCGGUUGCUCGGUAUCUCAGCCUCAACAUUAACUUCAUCCUCGCCAAAUCGGGCCACAGAACGCGCCGAGUGGGUUUCAUCGACAACGCCGCGCAGUGGCAGAAGGAAGUCAGGGCGUGGUUUGACACCGCCUACGUGUUUGCACAUAGGGAUUUGUUCAACAUGAUCGUGUUCCAGCGGGCGAGAAUCUUCGCCGAGAUCCCUUCUUUUCGCGACAUGGACUAUACAAACUUCAACGUCUUUUGGACUAUCUUCUGGCUCUUGCCGAUAUCGUUGCCUGUACUCUGGGACCUGUGGAGGAAGAAAUUCCAUUGGGAUACGAUAUACAUCUUGUCAAUGAAGACGGUGAAAUUAUUAUGGAAGACCGCAAAAAGGAUAUAUAAGCUUUUGACGAAGGCUGCGAAGGAGGUGUACGAACUCUCGACGGAAGCUGCGAAAAAGGUAAAAACACACGUUACGGACGUUGCGGAACACGUAUAUGAGAUCUUCCAGACCUUCAAAGAGGCGGUUAAGAUCACGCUGCCAGCCGUUCGAGGCUCAGUGGUUGAUAUAUUCGCCCUCUUCUCCUUCCCCUCCUUCUGGACAAAUAUGAGAAGACGCGCCGGUCUCGCAUCGCAACCUGCACACUAA